AAAAAAAACUAAAAAGAAUUACUAGUAUUAAUAAACACACUAAGUGAAUUUAAUUUACAAGUUAUUUUGGUUUCAAUAUGAGGUUUUUUCUUAAUAUAUAAGGUUUUACUUUAAUAUCUACCACUAUUAAAUUGAUGGUAAAGUUGAGUAUGGUACUGUGUAUGUUAGUUGUUAUUAGUCAGAAUAGGAGAGUGGAGAUAAAAUUUAGUUGUUAAAACCUUAGAUCUUGGAUUGAAUGCUAUUUAUCUGGAUGUUUCACAUGUGAAAGCUGCCACUUCCAUCAUCUUUUUCCAUAUUGUGGCAUUUUUUUUCCUUCCUGCUCUUGACAUAAUCUAGUUGUGAAUUCCUUCCACGACAAAAUGGGACAAAAAUCCCCUAUCUCCCAUCUUUAUGUUACCUGGCUACCAACUGGCUAUUUCCUGAUUUCAUUUUUUUAAAGAAGGAUUCCAGUAAUAUGACCUCUUCAUUUGACAUACUUUAUUACAGCUCUCUACCUAGAACAUAGCAAAAAAGCUCAUAGACCUACACACACACACACACACACACACACACCCCAAUUUAAGGAUCUAACUUUCCAGGUUAGACUCUUGUCUUCCACAUCUUUGAUCUUCCCCCAGCAAACUCAUUCAGAUUACGCACAUAGUGAGCAAUCGAGAAAUGUUUGUGGAACAUAGUUGAAUGUCCACAAUUAUUCUGAGCUUUCUGAUAAAAAUGAUGACUCAUCACAGAAUAAAUUUAGCAUGAAGAGCCCAAACUUUAACUGGGCUGUGCGACUGUCCUAAUAGAAUUCACAAGCCCUGCCUGCUAGGAACCUGCAGAAGGAACGUGAGAAUUUGACAGCAAUAUUAUUUGGCCACUAGCUUUUAAUCAGCCAGGUGGCAAUUAGAAACACUCCUUAGUCAGAAGCUUUGCUUUAGGAAGGAAGGAGUGGAGGCGGGUGUGAGCUGCAGAAGCUCCACUCAGCGCAAGGCAUGCCGGGACACUGCGGAGCUCAAUCACCGUCACCAAGGCAACCAGUGCGCACGCGGUGGUCAUGGAGACAGGCCGGCGACUCAGAGCCUAGCUGAGGGGCUGCCUUCGUCCUGGCAGGGCAAGAUGCUUCGAGGAGGCUAUAAGGCCUCUGAAAGGCGAAGACACUUGAGCGACCGCCUCAGCCGGCGACAAGACCAGGCGCUGAGCAGCAGUAUCUACCUCCUACGCGAAAUGGGCCCCACUGCCUUCCUGCUGAGGGAGGAGGAGCCGGAAAACAAGGAUUUCCGAGUUUCUCUAGGAAAUCCUCAUGUUUGUAACUGUUCUGUGUUUCUGAAAGGAGGGGAACUUUGUAAACAUAUAUGCUGGGUCUUGUUGAAAAAAUUCAAGCUUCCGAGGAAUCAUGAAUCUGCUUUGCAGUUAGGUCUUGUGGAAGGAGAAAUCAGCAACUUGCUUCGGGGGAUUCCUCAAGUUCAAACUCCCCAACAAGGAACGAAUGAUGAAAAUGCACAAAUUGAAGAAGAUGGCUACAUUAAACAGAAGGAAAUUGGUUCUGAUGAUAUCUGCUCUAUUUGUCAAGAAGUGCUUUUGGAGAAAAAGCUUCCUGUCACCUUCUGCAGACUUGGCUGUGGCAAUAAUGUUCAUAUAAAAUGCAUGAAGAUCUUAGCUAAUUUUCAGGAUAUGACAUCGAACAAUUCCAUGUUAAAAUGUCCUCUGUGUAGAAAAGAGUUUGCACCAUUAAAACUUAUUUCAGAGGAAUUCAAAAACUCUAGCAGACUUGUGACUGCAGCUGAGAAACAGCGACUAGACAAACACCUUGGAAUUCCCUGUAAUAACUGUCAACAGUUUCCAAUCGAGGGCAAGUGUUAUAAGUGUACCGAAUGUAUAGAAUAUCACUUAUGCCAGGAAUGUUUUGAUAGCAGCUGCCAUCUUUCUCACUCAUUUAUAUUUCGUGAGAAGAGAAAUCAAAGAUGGAGAUCACUAGAAAAAAGAUCAGAUGAAACUGUAAAAUAUGUAGAUAUUAAAACGGAGAUAGAAGGAAAGAUGCCACAUUUUCAAGAAAAGCAAGGCCAAGUCUAUACACCAAAACACGUGGUCAAGUCACUGCCUCUCUUACUGAUCACAAAGAAUAGUAAGCUACUGGCUCCAGGCUACCAGUGUCGACUUUGUUUGAAGGCAUUUCACCUUGGUCAACAUACAAGAUUGCUACCAUGUGCUCACAAGUUUCAUAGGAAAUGUAUUGACAGUUGGUUAUUCCACCAAUGCAAUUCAUGCCCUAUUGAUGGACAAGUUAUAUAUAAUCCUUUAAUCUGGAAAGAUACAGCAGUGAAUGGACAUGCACAUCAGUCUGUUUCAAACACAGACAUCCCUCAUCUGUCAAAACAGGAAGAACUUUUUAUUCCUGGUACUGGAUUAGUCUUAAAACAAAAUAGUCUUGGAAUUUUACCUAGUAUACCUCAAUGUAAUUCUGAAAAACUGAAUACAACUCAAAGUCCAACAGAUACUUAUCAGAAUAUAACAAUAGAUGACCUAUAUUCUAUCAAAUUAGAUGAUUCAAAUUCAAGAAAAUCAACCUAUGACUAUAAAGUUAGCCAACAUUUCCCCAGAUAUCUCCAUGAUUUACCCACUGGAUCCUAUGGGAAAAUGUCAUCUCAAACAUUUUUUCCUUCUGUUCAUCACAAGAGGCUUACAUGUCUGACUGGAAUGGAAAACCCAUGUAUCAGUAAAACACACCACACUGGUCAAAGCCAGAAGAUGAGCAAAGACUGUAAAUGUAUUGUCCACAAUUCAAAGAAGAUUCUUGGUACUGAAAUAAAGAAAGACAACGCGAGAUCCAGUACCUUACUUCCAGAUGAUUUAAAUCUAACUGUCAAUGGGGGUAAAACUAAUCUUAGUUUGUCUAAGAGGUAUAAUCAUUGUAUAGGGAAAAUUAGACCAAAAUGUAGUCAUUUAUCCAGAAGGCCUAUAUCUUACCCUUUAAAAACAAAAAGUACUGAGCUAUCUCUAAUAUUGGAAGGAGUUCAGUUAUGAAAAUGUAUUUUAUUAACAUCAGAAAAAAUUUUAAUAUGGAAUAUAAAAAUGUUUUUAUAGAACAUAAAACACUGUAUACUCUUGACAAAUAUAUAUGUGUGUGUAUGUAUAUAUAUAUAUAUAAAAUUCUCUGUUAUUAUUUUGCCUACUUGUCUAUGAGUAAUGACCUACACCUGAAGGAAAUGGCUUCAUUCCUUAUAAGAUUUAAAGCAUUAGGUAUCUUGAUGAAUAUGUUUAGGAUAUGAUCAGUUAUGAAUAUUGAUUUUUAUAUAUGACUCUAAAUAGAUAAAAUAGUCAUUUGUAAUUAAGGGAAUAGAUUUUCCUUGUAUUGAGUCAUUGUUUUCAAACAUUCUACUUGAUAACAUAUAACACGCAAGAAAUCUUUCCAGUGCUUAUGUAUUUUUACAUUUUCUUGUGCUUAUAAUCACCACAAACCUAUAGGAAAAUUAAGAUGAGAUGGUGAUUUUCUUUUUUGCUUUAUUUCCUUAAAGGGGUUUUUUUAUAUAUGAAAUGAAAUACAAUAUCCUUACAAUGCUGUAAGCUGUGCCACAUAUAUAAUGGUUUUACUGGUUACUUUUAUCAAGAAACAUAUAAAUACUACCAAUUUCCUUUUUUUAUUUGAAGUAUAGUUAAUUUAUAAUAUUGUGUUAAUUUCAGGUGUAUGGCAUAGUGGCUUUGGUAUUUUUGAGAUUAUAUUUCAUUAUAGGUUGUUAUGAGAUAAUGAAUAUAAUUCCUGUGCUAUUCCAUUAUAGGUUGUUACAAGAUAAUGGGUAUAAUUCCCAAGUAUAUUCUUGAUGCUUGUCUCUUUUACAUAUAGUAGUUUGUAUCCAUUCAUCUCAUGCCCCUAAUCUGUCCCUCCCAGUUUCCCUCUCCCCUUUGGUCACCAUCGUUUUUCUGUAUCUGUGAAUCCAUUUCUGUAUUAUUUUGUUUGUUCAUUUGUUUUGUUGUUUAGAUUACAUAUAUGAGUGAAAUCAUAUGGUAAUUGUCUUUCUCUGUCUGAUUUAUUUCAUAAGUAUAAUAUUAUCUAGGUCUGUCCAACUUGCUGCAAAUGCCAUUAUUUCAUUUGUAUGGCUGAGUAAUAUUCCAGUGUGUGUGUGUGUGCGCGCACGUGCGGCUACAUCUUAAUCCAGUCAUCUGUUGCAGGACACUUGGUUUGCUUCCAUGUCUUGGCUAUUGUAAAUAGGGCUGCUGUAAAAAUUGGGAAGUGGAAUUCCCAACAUGGCUCAGUGGUUAACGAAUCCAACUAGGAAC